AUCACCAAGUCGAGAUGUGUUACUUGAAGGAAGGCCGCCGUGACUUUACGCUGCUCAAGUCCGACAGUACGAUACAGGAAAUUUUGGACGAGAUCCUUAAAUCACCAGCACGGGAGGAUCCAUUCCAUGUUCUCGAUCUGGACGAUGUUGUCCAAAAGCAUCAUAACUGGCUAGAGCUGUUGCCCAGGGUGAAACCGUUCUACGCGGUCAAGUGCAACGAUGAUCCGUUUAUCCUGGAAACCCUGGCCUGCUUGGGAACAGGGUUCGACUGUGCUUCGAAGGCCGAAAUUCGGAAGAUCCUGGAGAUGGGAGUGGAACCGGAGCGGAUUAUCUAUGCUCACCCCGUCAAGUCGAAGGAGUCGUUGCAGUUCGCCCAAGAGAAACGGGUUACCAAGAUGACAUUCGACAGCGAGUUGGAACUGGAGAAGAUCGCUAACUACUAUCCGGGUGCGGAAUUGGUGCUGAGGUUUCGACACGAUUCGGCGAAGGUGCUGAUCUCACUGGGCAAGAAGUUUGGAUGUGAUGCCCAUGUGGAUGGUUUGGAACUGAUUCGCAAAGCGAAAGAUCUGAAUUUGAACGUAAUCGGCGUGAGUUUCCACGUCGGUUGCGGCAGCAAGGACGCGGACUGCUAUUACGACGCAAUUAAAUCUGCGAAAUCGCUGUUUGAAUUUGCAUCCUCCGUCGGUUACCGAUUUUCGUUGAUAGACAUUGGGGGAGGUUUUCCGGGCGAUACGGAUAAAUCAAUCGAUGGGUAUACAGAAGUUAUCAACCGUGCUUUGGAUGAGUUCUUUCCGGGGCUCAACGGUGUUGAGGUUAUUGCGGAACCGGGAAGGUAUUAUGCCGGAUCCGCCGUGAGGCUGUUCACUACAAUCCACGGUAAGAAGUUUGUUAAGAAUUCGGAUGCUGAAUCCCAGGUGAUGUACUACAUCAACGAUGGAGUGUUCGGAACGUUGUUCGAUUGGGUGAGUUUGCGAGCGGUUCAUGACUUGGCUCGGGUGAUUCCCACCAUUACGAAAGCGAAGCUUGGAAAGCCUCUGCUCAGAACCACCAUCUGGGGUCCAACUUGCGACUCGACGGAUAUCGUUUGUGAGGACGUCGAUUUUCCGGAGCAUGAUAUCGGAGAGUACAUGUUGUUUGAGAACAUUGGCGCGUACGGGAUAACCUUCGCCACCAGUUUCAACGGGUUUCCAAGUCCAACCAUCAGAGUGUACGUGAAGGAGAAGACAUGGACUGGCUUAUCGGACUUGAAACUCAUGAGUGGGCUGGACAAAACAAUCGACAUUUUACGAUCACGCUUUCAAUAAUAAUAAUAUUAAAAAAAUCUAUCGCAUUUUGAUUGCAUGCAUAC